AGAACACUGGCCUGAACUCUAUGCGUCUACAUGUCCGAUGAUCCACCUACCACCAUCACUCUCGCAAGGUCCUCAUUGUGCGCGCUGGACGCUUGGGUCGCGCACCGCCCGAGAAGAGGCAGCGACGUGCCAGAGCGAUGAACUCGUCUCGGCCACCGAAGGAGACCAUCCAGGAUGACUCUGACCACGACGACAGCGAGCCGACGCCUACGCCUACGAGUGUGCCUCCACGACCCAGCGCCCGUGAAUACCUGACCGAUGCGCGUCCGCUCCUGGUGCGCUCGCCUCCAGGGCGACUGUCGGAGCUUGGUCGGGAUGCCGACGACGAAGGGGUCAGCCAGGCUGACUGGACUGAUGGCAGCUCAGAUGAUGCUGGCGCGGCGCGAGAUGCGGUGGGAGACAAGGCGGCAGCGAGAAGAGCAGCACCCGGAAAUCCGCCCGGCAAACAGAUGUAUGGCAUAUCGCCACAGCCGCAGGCCACUCUCGCAGACUUGAAGGACGCACUCAAACGUGCUGAGGCCCGUCCGCGCAGAAGCUAUGGCGCGCCGGGCACACCAGGAGGAGUCAGCAAGCGUGUGUCGCCUAUCAAAGAAGAGGCAAGCAGCAACAACUCGCCUGUCUCGAUCAAUGCCAUGCUGGAAUCGAAUUCGCCCGUGCGAACCACUUCAGCCGAGUCUACGGAGUCUGCUCGAACCAUUAGAGGCAGUGCUAUGCCUAGCCCUUCUACUAACAUUCCGCUGAGAACACCGUCCUACCCGUUCCCAUAUGUACCUGGUACGCCACGCUGGCGGCAGAAUCUGCAUCAGCCAUUCACGGCAUUGUCACCGACAGUCCCCGGCCCAGAGCAGAAUGAAAAUGAAGCUGAAAGUCCGGAGAGGCCCGGAUACUCCGCAUUUUCUGGCAGCAGCAGUCCAGCCGCUAACAGUGCUUUCAUGCCCCCAGGUGUGGAUUUUGAAGGAAUGGAAGAUCCACGGUAUCCUACCCCUAAUCUCUACGAUCUUGUUCUGCAGCUCAAUACAGAGCCUGGACUGGAGCAAUGGUGGGCGACGGUGACGAACAUUCUUCACGACCACUUCCUAGCGGAGCGGGCAUCCCUCGUGCAACCACUCGACCCUAAUGACAUCGAAAAUGUUCCCUGGGGUCAGAAGGCUACUUUCAGUAUGAAUGGUCGAGACGAUUUCAUGCCACCCAGUGCAUUGGAACAAUUGCACAGUCUGGAUCUACACAGACCGGAUAUUCAAGUUCGAGAGCCCAGCAGCGAAACUCUUGGCAAUGUGCAGCCUCAGAAGCUGCAUCCAGAAAGGCUGCGGCCCCGUCUGGAGACACGACACUCUUAUGCUGGCCAUGGUCGCGAAGUGCGUGACGUAUUAGGUGCUCUGAAUACUCCUCCAACACGUGCGAGCUCCAGGCCACAGGGACCCCAGAGGACCGUCACUCACGCAGCAGGCACAACACCAUCCAAUUCUCGGGGCGACAUACCGCCAAAAAGGUUUCCUUCAGUAAACAACAUGCGUCAAGGACCACUCAACGACUCCAACUUUAGCAGUCUUGCCGAUACGUCUGACAGCACUGGUCCAUACGCCGAGAUCUUUGCCUCGAUACGUCCCCUUAACCAAGAGGGUUAUCCUCUUGUUGAAUCAGCGGGUAUCUGCCGGGUCCUAGAUCGUGGCAGCAUUGUUGCUAUCACUAGGGACUACUCUGGCGAUGAGAACCAGCCUAGAUUAUCGCGUUCCGCUCCAACCGCGUUCUUUUCUGCUGGAAAUACUGGUCAUGGGCGCGGCGCGUUUGCUGGCGGUAUCGACCCACAGCUUGACUGGGGCUAUAACGAGUACGAACAACAUCCGCCUUCGCCUUGGUCGCAAUCGCCGGCUCCAUCGCCCGCCAUUCAGGCAGACGAGGAGAUCAACCCCUUCUUUGCGUCUGACGAUCAAUUGCUAGACGAGUCUUUCAACCCUGCCACGAGUCCAAAGGACUAUUCGCAUUACGACCAGGUCGAGGCUAUUGGCAUCGACUAUGCGAGUACUGUGAUACACAUUCCUCUGAUCCACCCCACCCUGUCUCAGCCGAUGCAAGCGCUGCGCAUGACACCAGGCGCAAAAGACCCUGCGGCUCCUCGGACGAAACGUGGUACUACGGACGUCAACAGGAAAUCCCCUAUCGCAAUAUUGUCGCUGUUGACUGCGACUGUACCGUACCCAUGUAAUCUCGUGAAAGCGCUCAAGCUUCUCGGACCUCAUCUCGCUACAUCAUUGCAGAACGCGACGCAUUUUUCAUCUACCCAUGCUAAGGUUGUCAACAUUCGCCAACGGCGAACGACUAGUGGUAGUCACACCAAGUCUGCACCUAUGACGGUCGAGCCGGCCUCAUUAGAGGACAUAGUCAAAGCAGAAUUGGAAGAGCGUCCAGGCUCAGAAAGCAUGACCAGCCCCUCAGACUACUCUGGUCGAUCCCGAAUCAGCCCUUCGGGGUCCAUUGUAGGAACGCCAGGCUGGGACCCUGCUGCGCAUGGUUGGACGGCGAGUAGAUCUCGUGGUGGCACACCAGCGCUCACGGGCUCCGAGAUGGUCGACAAUUACUUUGAUGCCAAGAUCCGUUCAACGCACCGGAGCGGAAACAGCAACAUGGCUACAACUCCGGCCAAAUCAAAGUCAAAAACUCCCAGUAGUGAAUCGCAAGCUGAGGGCGACGUUGUCCUAUCGCGAGGCGAGCGGAAAGCCAGGGCCGCUAGCACCAGCACCAACAAGUCAAACAAGUCGCCUGUGCUGCCUCAUCCUGGUGAGCUUGGCUUUUCACCCACGACAGACUCGUCCUCGCCGCUGAAGUCGACCUUGUCGCAACUUCCAGACUCGGAUCUGCAAGGCAAGAGGCAUUCCCUGUUGCACUCUUAUGGCGCUGACUUCGAGACAACAUUUGGUGGCCUGCAGGCGUCUACGCCGGCCAAUGCACGUCAUUCUGGACACGCGCGCGCGGGCUCCUAUUCGGAGGAUAUGCCGCCGCCUUCGGAACGACUUUUGCGAACCAUCAUUGACUCUGUGCCUGUCCAAAUAUUCACAGCGCAGCCCGAAACGGGAAAACUCAGCUGGGUGAACUCAAAGUUCCUCAUAUAUCGCGGACAAGAUCCCGCUCAAGUACUCACGGACCCGUGGGCAGCGAUUCAUCCCCAUGAUCACCGGGAAUUUCUGCCAGCCUGGCAACGAUCGCUCAGGACAGAUCAGCAAUUGCAACAAAAGGUCCGCUUGAGGCGUUUUGAUGGUGCAUAUCGCUGGUUUUAUGUUCGAGCGGCGCCGCUCAAAGACAAGAAGCAGAAAGUGGUACACUGGAUCGGCACUCUCAUGGAUUUCCACGAGCAGCAGAUUGCAGAAAUCAAUGCUGCGCGCCAGCAGGAGACUGCCGCGUCCGAAGCAAAGUAUCGUGCGCUUGCGAAUUCGAGCCCACAAAUAGUGUUUGCGGUCAACAAGACUCGAGGUGUCACAUUCUGCAAUACUCAAUGGCUUCAGUACUCUGGACAGGCUGAAGCUCAGGCACUUGGCGUUGGCUUCAUGGAGCAUGUGCACCCUGAUGACCUGGUGAAGUGUAGACUGCCCUCCUUUGAUCCGGAGACGAGCAAGUUCAACGUACCGACCACAUUGCCUACCGAACCAGCGCGGACUUUCAGCAACUCCGAGGCGUCCAUGACCGACUCAAAUGAGACCGAGAAGCCUUCAUCAGGACCAGCUUCAGUAUCUGCCUCGGCGUCUCCGUCUCCGAUACGACAAUUGCCGCAGCGAGAGCUUUCGCAAUUGGCAUCUGCUGGCAUUCUGAAGGUCACACGCGAGACGGAUGGGCGCCCAUCGUACUCCACAGAAGUCCGGCUCAAGAGCAGUGCUGGCGAUUACAGGUGGCAUCUCGUCCGUGUCCUGAUCGCUGAGCCCCUGCUGCAGCACGAUGACGAAGAGGAGACCUGGUACGGCACAUGCACCGAUAUCAAUGACCACAAGGAUCUGGAGCGAGAUCUGAAAAAUACCAUGGAUGCCAAGUCUCGCUUCCUCAGCAACAUGUCGCACGAAAUCAGAACGCCGUUGAAUGGCAUUACUGGCAUGGUGAACUUCCUCAUCGAUAGCAGUCUCACAGCUGAGCAGAUGGAACACGUCAAUAUCAUCAGGGCCAGCACCGAGGGCUUGCGCGGCCUCAUCAACGACAUCCUCGACUUGUCCAAGGCAGAAGCAGGGAUGAUUCAACUCAAUAUGGACUGGGUCUACGUUCGAGCACUCAUCGAAGAAGUUAACGAUUUGACAUCUGCCAUGGCUAUUGACAAGGGCUUGGAGCUCAACUAUAUUGUCGACGAGAACGUGCCUCCUCAGAUCAAAGGUGAUCGCUUCCGCAUUCGGCAAAUUCUGCUCAACGUAGUUGGGAAUGCGAUCAAGUUCACGCAAAAGGGCGAGGUGUUCAUCAGAUGCAGCAUACGAAACGCGGACGUGCUUAUGGAAGAUGACGAGAUGCUGAUCGAAUUCAGUGUGAUCGACACCGGCCAAGGCUUCACGGAUGAAGAGGCGGAUUCAUUGUUCAAGCGCUUCAGCCAGAUCGAUGGCAGUAGCACCCGGCAACAUGGCGGUACAGGGCUCGGUCUGGUGAUCUCGAAGCAGCUCGCGCAACUGCACGGGGGUGAUAUGAGCGCCAAAGGAGUGCCCGAAAAAGGCUCAACUUUCUCCUUUUACAUCAAGUCCACUCUGCCAUCUGACGAUGACAAGCCGCCGAUGCCGAUGCCAACUCCUGGGGCCAGCCCGGCCAACCUUCCCCAGCUACCGGCAUCUGUUUCGGCUUCACUAGAUGCCCAGCCGAGAUUUACGACAGAAGUGACCCAGACACCUCCGCAGUACUUGACGGCCUCGGAUGCAGAUACGGAGUCACCUUCAGUCUCGUCGGCCAGCUCUGAUCCGUCUCUACGCUCCAUUACCCGUACCGAAAGCUUGCGAUCAGAACGAUCUUCGGCGUCUUCCUUCACCCACGAGAUGCUUUCGGGAGGAGCAGCACAGAUCAAGCUUGCAUUGCCAUCGCAUGAAUUGACGCUCACUCGAUCUGAAAGCCUAGCAUCCAGGUCCAUUGAUGCAAUAGCUACCAACGGAAGGAACACUUUGCUCAAGCCGCACGGUAGCAGUCCUCCACCAAUGUUCUCGAUCCUGGUGAUUGCACCUCUCAAGUACACUCGGGAAGCAACGGUGCAUCACAUUGACAAAACGUUGCCUGGCAAUGUUCCGCACCAGAUCACAGCGCGCGAAAGUCUGCGUGACUGCCAGCGACUACUUGCCGGGCCUGAGCCUGUGACCUUCACUCAUAUCGUUGCAGUACUGCAAGAUGUCAACGAGAUCACCGCGCUCAUGGACCAGGUGCUCACUACGGCUGCUUCCACAACAUCACUGGUGCUCAUCACUGACCUCGCCCAACGACGAAGUAUCAUGGCACAGGCACCACACCAUGACUAUGAGCAGCUUGUAGAUGAUCGCAAGCUCCGAUUUGUGUUCAAGCCUCUGAAGCCAUCGCGAUUCGGGCUGAUCUUCGAUCCACAAAAGGAACGGGAGAUGAGCCUGGACCGGAAUCAAGAUAGCGCGCAGCAGGUGGCGGUCAACCAGAAACAGGUAUUUGAAGAACUGGCGCGACGUCUGGGCAACAAGGGAAAGCGCGUGCUUCUGGUCGAGGACAACCGGGUGAAUCAGAUGGUGAUCUUGAAGUUCCUCUCCAAAGUCUCGAUCAAGGUCGAUACGGUCAUGGACGGAGUGCAAUGCACGGACAAGGUCUUCGCGCAACCUCCCGACUUCUACUCCAUCAUCCUGUGCGAUCUGCACAUGCCGAACAAGGAUGGCUACCAGACGUGCAAGGAGAUUCGGCAGUGGGAGAAGACGAAUGACUAUGCGCACUUGCCCAUCAUUGCGCUGUCAGCAAACGUGCUCGGCGAUGUCUACCAGAAGUGCGUAGACGCAGGAUUCAACAGCUACAUGACCAAGCCCGUCGAUUUCAAAGAACUCAGUCAAGUUUUGAUGACGUUCAUGGAUCCCACGGAUCCCAGCAAGCCCCAUGCUUUCAUGAAGCUCAAGCAUGGUCAGCAAUCACACAAGAGCAAAGACAAAGCAGGUCAAGAUCACACGAAGGACAAGAGUAGGAAAGUGAAGCAGUAAUGAUACUACCACACGUCACCACGAGCAUGCAACCUAACAUACAUACACACACACAGAACACGAUAGCGCAACGGGCUGUCCUAGGCCGUGAGAACAUCCUAAGGAAACACAAGGGCAACAGAGGCGUGGAAGAGCGCAUACUCGGUGGGGGAUAGGAGGUAGUAGGCAGGACGGCGGGAGGGAGCAAAGGGCGAUGAAAAAACAAGGUUACUCUGCAGUACUUCUAGCGAAGGCGCUCUCUAACGAACCGGCACAGCAUUUUGUAGAUAGGGGGGAAAUCGGGUAAUGAAUGGGCGACUCCCAGCAUUUUAAGUGGCGCAGGGCGGGUUUAUCAGCAACAGUCGGGUAGUGGCGAUUGCCGGGUGGCAGGCAUCGCACAGGAAUCGGCUAGCGGGGUGUUUUUUUUUCUAAGGUGGUCGGGAGGCAAG